AUGGUAAUUUAUGGCUCUAGUUUAUCGGUGUACUUUGGUUCAUGGGUACGCACUGGAGGCAUUCAGAGUGAGAGCAAAGCUUGUUGCAGCCCCAAGAAAUUGAGUGGGACUGGGACUGGGACUGGGAGAACAAGGAUCGGUUGCAAAUUCCAGAGUGCGAGGUUCAGCAGAGCAUGCAGUGUGGCACUGACUACCUUGCUCACCACCGCUGCUGUGAUAGCUUCUGUGGCAGCGGUUGAUGAGUCGGACACUCUAUCCAACAUACCCCAAACAUUGUCCGGUGAGUGCACGUUGCCCAAAGACUGCAAGAAAACUAGAAUACAGAGACCAAAGUCGAGGAAUGCGGAAUCAUGCACAAUCAAGUGUGUCACCACUUGCAUCCGAGGUGGCGAAGGCUCUCCCGGGGAAGGCCCUUUUAAUGUUAUAAGACCUCUGAUUGUUUUCAAGCAAGGGUUUCGAACUCGUCAAUACUGUUUGGUGGAAUGUUCAGAUAUUUGCAAUUUGUUGAGCGAUGCUGCAGUAACAAAAGCUAGGUAG